CGCGCCGCGGGGGUUUGAAGUGCGUUAUUUGCGCGCGCACGCCGUACGCGGGCGCGGCGUCUCUGCGCUCCGAACUUCGCGCCGGGAGUUCGCACCCGAGUGGGAGGCUGAGAAAGGCGUUCUCCUGAUCGAUGUUGGCUCCCCCUGGCGGCAGCCGCUCAGCGUUGACGACGAGCGCUCAGGCGUUCUCCGUGGGCAGCCCGGCAGCGGGGCCUCGCCUCCCAGCGCGGGGUCCUCGGCGGCCCGGGCGACUGCUACCCUGCUGCUGUCUUAGGAGCGCGGCCGCUGGUGCGUCUGCUCCGGGCUGGCGGUGGUGGCGGCCGCGGCGGCAGCGGCGGCGGCGACGGCGGCGACGGCGAGGAGACCGGGGACGAAGGGGGUGGGCGCGGCGGCGGCGGCGCCCGGGGCAGGCGGCGGCAAGGGGCGCGAAGAUGGCGGACGUUCUCAGCGUCCUGCGACAGUACAACAUCCAGAAGAAGGAGAUCGUGGUGAAGGGGGAUGAAGUGAUCUUCGGCGAGUUCUCCUGGCCCAAGAACGUGAAGACCAACUAUGUAGUGUGGGGGACUGGAAAGGAAGGCCAACCCAGAGAGUACUAUACAUUGGAUUCUAUCUUAUUUCUACUUAAUAAUGUCCACCUUUCUCAUCCUGUUUAUGUCCGACGUGCAGCUACUGAAAAUAUUCCUGUGGUUAGAAGACCUGACCGAAAAGAUCUACUUGGAUAUCUCAAUGGUGAAGCAUCCACAUCAGCAAGUAUAGACAGAAGUGCCCCUCUAGAAAUAGGACUUCAGCGAUCUACUCAAGUCAAACGAGCUGCAGAUGAAGUUUUGGCAGAAGCCAAGAAGCCACGAAUUGAGGAUGAAGAGUGUGUGCGCCUUGAUAAAGAGAGAUUGGCUGCUCGCUUGGAGGGUCACAAAGAAGGGAUUGUACAGACUGAACAGAUCAGGUCUCUGUCUGAAGCUAUGUCAGUGGAAAAAAUUGCUGCAAUCAAGGCCAAAAUAAUGGCUAAGAAAAGAUCUACUAUCAAGACUGACUUAGAUGAUGAUAUAACUGCCCUUAAACAGAGGAGCUUUGUGGAUGCUGAGGUAGAUGUGACCCGACAUAUUGUCAGCAGAGAGAGAGUUUGGAGGACUCGGACAACUAUCUUACAGAGUACAGGAAAGAAUUUUUCCAAGAAUGUAUUUGCAAUUCUUCAAUCUGUAAAAGCCAGAGAAGAAGGGCGUGCACCUGAACAGCGACCUGCCCCAAAUGCAGCACCUGUGGACCCUACAUUGCGUACCAAACAGCCUAUCCCAGCUGCCUAUAACAGAUAUGACCAGGAAAGAUUCAAAGGAAAAGAAGAAACGGAAGGCUUCAAAAUUGACACGAUGGGCACCUACCAUGGUAUGACCCUUAAAUCUGUAACGGAGGGUGCAUCAGCACGUAAGACUCAGACUCCUGCAGCACAGCCAGUACCGAGACCAGUUUCUCAAGCAAGACCUCCCCCAAAUCAGAAGAAAGGAUCUCGAACACCCAUUAUCAUAAUUCCUGCAGCUACUACCUCUUUAAUAACAAUGCUUAACGCAAAGGACCUUCUACAGGACCUGAAAUUUGUCCCAUCAGAUGAAAAAAAGAAACAAGGCUGCCAACGAGAAAAUGAAACUCUAAUACAGAGAAGAAAAGACCAGAUACAACCAGGGGGCACAGCAGUUAGUGUCACAGUUCCUUAUAGAGUAGUAGACCAGCCCCUUAAACUUAUGCCUCAAGACUGGGACCGGGUUGUAGCAGUUUUUGUGCAGGGUCCUGCAUGGCAGUUCAAAGGUUGGCCAUGGCUUUUGCCUGAUGGAUCACCAGUUGACAUAUUUGCUAAAAUUAAAGCCUUCCAUCUCAAAUAUGAUGAAGUUCGUCUGGAUCCAAAUGUUCAGAAAUGGGAUGUAACAGUAUUAGAACUCAGCUAUCACAAACGUCAUUUGGAUAGACCAGUUUUCUUACGGUUCUGGGAAACAUUGGAUAGGUACAUGGUAAAGCAUAAAUCCCACUUGAGAUUCUGAAUUCCUUGGUUUCCCCUUUUUCUGGAAAUCUGGAUUAAGAAGCUUGGAUAUGCCUUGAUCUAAGACUGAAACUCGAGCUUUAUGAAUUUGUCAAGAAUUUACAAAUGGAGGUCACAGAUUGAUCUUUUAUAAGACCUUAUUUGAUGCUUUAUGCUUCAAAGGGAUGAUAUGAUGCCUGUCGUCCAUAUAAGCAAACUUUUUGGCUUACAACUAUUUUUUUAAGAUUAGCCUUCUAGUAUGUAAUGGAAAUUGUAUAUUUUGAUAGAAGUUUUUCUCUAUUGGUUAAAUUAGCAUUACUUAAAAUUUGUUUCUUUAGAAAAUAAAUAACAAGUUAUAAAUGUGUGUAUAUUUAGAGGUUAUAAGGCUCUCUAAGCCAUCUUCUGAUUUUUCAUUGCUCUAUAAUUCCUUUUAUUGAAAAUACUAUGUUAUGAAUGGUAUUAAAUUUUAGUCCCUGGAACUUAAAAAACCAAGCAAAGGGAUGUGACUACAUUGACUGAGUCAGUAUGUUGAUCUGUAUGUGUACUAUAUCUAUGCUUAUUCUUUAUUUAAAAAGGAAUAAUGAAAAAUCAAGAACAAUUCUUCAGCUUUGUUUGAGCUGUUCAGCCUUUCCAAGACUUCUAAUAAUGAAUACAUUUAAUGAAUGUACAUUCUUCUCACUGAUUUUGGUGAUUUUAAAACUUAGAAUGAUAUAUUUCUGUCUGUGAAACCUGUCCACUUGAAAAAUCUCAAAACACAGAUUAAAAACCUUAGGCUAUAGUACUUUUUAUUCUGGGAGUCAGAGUAUGAUUUUGGGAAAAUGUAUUAAUCCCAGUGCAGUGUAACUUUAACUUCCUUAUCUUUUUUUGUAAGUCCACCUUUGAUUCUUUAUAUGGUAUAGGAUUUUGAGUCUUAUAUUUCUAGGCAUAUUGAUCUUGUAGUUCCCUUCCAUUAUCCCUAAAUAUUGAUAAACUAUUCCAGACACCAAAGAACACAUUUGCUUCAUUAAGUGUCUGAACAAAAACAAGAUAAAAACACUGGUAUUUUUAUGUAUGUAUUCAAUAUCAUAUAAAAUAUAAAACCUAUAUUUUAACUUAGUAAAAUAUUUUACUACUUCUCUACUUUAGAGUGUUAGCAUCCAAGGUAUAAUGAAUGAGAAUUCUCCUUGAGUCUUGCUUUCAAAUCUUUUAUUACUUAAAAGCAACUUGGAACCCCUAAAGAGUUUUUGCCAUUAGAGUCAUCACUGAUCAUUUAUCUUAUGUCAUUUUUCCUCUAUUUUUCCCCCCAGUGAUCUCUCUUAGGCUCACAUAUUUUUUUGUAAAAUUUUUCAUUCCUUCUAUGUUAAGCUGACAUUACCUAGCCUCAUUUUGAAAUUUAAUGCUUUUAUAAAAAUGAGAAGCACUUAUUAUUUAUUUUUUAAGUAACCACAAAAGUCCAAUACCAAUAGUGAAUAGAGAAAGUAUUUAUUCAUGUGAGAUUCACUAGGUUCUUAAGAAGAAAAGCAGACAGACUUUAAAAUUAUUAGAUUUUAGGCUAUUUAUAAGAUUUGAACAGAUUCUGACCCCCUUCUCUUCUCUGCACCCUCUUCUUAAAACUCAAAUUUGUUCACAUUAGAAUAGUAUAUAAAUCUGUUUUCAAAAUAAAUUAUGUAUUGUAUAAACUUUCUCCAUGAUGGAAUAGUUAAUAUUUUAAUGUAAGAUUACUUGUUAAGACUACUACAAGUGGACAUGAACUACCUUUCUAUAAAGAUUUUUAGUAUUUAUACUUAUGUCGUGUAUGAAUUCACUUGAUACAGAGUGUGGUUAAAAUUGGGAACAUCUACUUUAAACAGGGUUUAUUUUUCUAUCUUGAAUUUGCCUUAUGUAUAUUCAAAGGCUUCUGGAAAUACUGUAAGGAACAUUGGAAAAAGUACAAAUAUCCUGUGCCAUGUAUUUUAAAUUCAGACCCUUAAUAAGUACUUAUUUUCUUUGUCUUUUGCUUCUUUCUCUCCUCUCUUCUCUUUUCUCCCCUCUCAUCUCCUUUCUUUGCUUUCUCUCUCUUUCUUUGGCAGUUCAAUCCCCUACUGAGGUCAAUGUAAUUAAUUUUAUAGCCAUUGAGCCAAUCACUAUUCAUUCUCUCAUGACUCCUCUAAGGCCUACAGCAGCACCUAUUGUAGUGCCUUGCACAUAGGCAUUCAGUAAAUGUUUAUGUGCAUGAAUGGACAAUGGGUUUUCAAUAUAACUGAUUUAUUACAAAAAGUGCUUUUGGCUAUACUUGGUUGUGGAGUUUGAAGAUACAGAAUUCCACUGAAUGAAGAGGCACACAAGAUAUUUUAAUGAACUACGCAGUAAGAAACAUGACUUAACCCAUAGUUAUGGUUAACUGGAAACACCGUUGUUUUGUUCCACUGGUGAAUGAAAGUUCCAUUUCUUUAUUCAUAGGACACUCUUCUGAGUCAGGUAACAUUCAGAAGCUGUAGGUUCCAAUCAGUGGCUUUCAGUCCUGACUGCACAUUAGAAUCAUUUGAGGGAUCUUUAAAAAAGACCAUUGUCUGAAUCCUGAUUUUGAUACACUUAGUGUGGGAUGAGUCCUGGUCAUCAGUGUAUUUUAAAAAUUCUUCAGUUAAUUUUAUGUUCAGAAAGAUUUGAGAAUUGCUUGUUUAAUUCGUUGUUAAAAACAAUGCCAGUAUUAAAUGUUCUGUUUCCUCUCCCUUUUCCUCUUCUUUUAUUUUUUUGUGGCCACCUUUUGCACUAGACCAUCCCCAUUUUUGGUGGUAUUGGCCUGUAGUUCCACAUGACAAAUUCAAGUCUUAUUUAUUUAAUAUAGGGGUAUUUUGCUGUUUAAUAUUUAAACAAUGUUUUAAUAUAUUACCUUAUAAGCUAGCAUUAUAGUUUAUGAUUUCCCAUAUGUCCCAUAUUCCUUACUGUUUUUUAACAGCAGCUUGACAACAGACCAUACAGAAAUAACUAAUUCACAAUGAGGAAAAUUCAUAGCUAAUUUUUAAGGUAGAAGGAAGUAAAGUAUUAAAUUCUUUCUGCCAUGCAGAAUUAAACAAAUAGAGUUUGCUUAGGAAAGAGGCAUAAUACUUUUUAAUUGGUCUACACAGAAAAGUAAAUUAUUCAUUUAAAUAAAAUUCAUUACCUAAUAAAAUGAAAUUAAAGUGAUGACAUUGUUCUUUUCUGAAGGGUGGGAAGUGGGUAUUCAGUUGCCAUAUUUCUUAGUACAUAAUAUGACAAUUCCAUUUUAUCAGUGUUAACAACAGAAAUGAUGAUGGGAAUGCAUAUGUGGCCAGAAAUAAGUGCCUCUUUGACAGAUAACUAUUAUCUGAGUCGUAGUUGUCAAAUUAGUUUAUAAAAUUCUUUGAGACCAGCAGUAUAUUUUAUAAUAUCACAAAUACAGUAAUUGUUGUAAAAGCUGGUCAAAAUUAAACAUGAAAAAUAAAUUUAAUUACAUUAACUUUAAUAUCGACUGAAUUUUUAUUCAUUUGGAUUUGAUACUCAGCUGGUUAGCCAUAACAUUUUAACUUUAGAAAUAAAAAGUGGAGAAAUGACUGAAUUUGGCUUAAGUUAAAAAUUGGAUUAGAAAUUUUGAAAUGCCAUGUCCUUUAUGUUUCGGUCUGUUUAUUGCCACAUUUGAAUAUAUACCCCUGUAUAGUCUCUAUGUAAUAUGUUGGAAUAAUAAUUAAGGAAAAAUUAAAGAUGUAAGAUAGAUGUACAAAUGUUUAGUAAAUGUAUAUUAAGUAACAAUACUUCCAAUUUAUUGAUCUGUUUGGGUUUAUAUGUAUUAGGCAGUGUUUAUGAAUACUUUGGGGGUUAUAAAUGUGUGCCGAUUAAAUGAGUAAAUCUAUACUAUUAUUGCCAGAAUUCAAAAGGUGGGGCAAUACUGUGUCAAACUUAAGUAAAUGAUUUAUGUCUCUGA